UUUUGGCUCUUAUUCACUCGCUUCUCCUCACUUCUUAGCCAGGUGCUUCGCGGGGCGAGAAUCCUCCGAGAAAAAGCGCACGAGCACACCGCGGAAAGUUCGCUUCCCGCGCUGGAUUUUGCGGAGCGAGGGGUUGUUCUUGCCUGAGCCCCCAGUGUCGUUUUGAAGAAGAAACAUCUUUCAUAAACACGACCACACGGAAGAAUUACUGGAUUUUUUUUCAUUGAAAUCGUUUUCCCACUUCUCCAGAUUUUCAGAAGUUGCAUGAUCCGUGUCUGUCUACAUAACAGGUGAAUACUUUAUCUUGGUCGAAGAACUUCUUGUCGUUAUUUUGAAAGAGAACUUUAAACGGCGCUGUGAAAAUGUCAAAGCCGGCAGAUCACAUCAAGAGACCCAUGAACGCCUUCAUGGUCUGGUCAAGAGGCCAGAGGAGGAAAAUGGCUCAAGAAAAUCCCAAAAUGCACAAUUCAGAAAUAAGCAAAAGACUCGGCGCCGAAUGGAAACUGCUUUCAGAAUCCGAGAAACGACCAUACAUCGACGAGGCCAAGAGGCUCCGGGCUCAACACAUGAAAGAACACCCAGACUACAAAUAUAGACCCAGGCGGAAACCCAAAAACCUUCUCAAGAAGGACAGGUAUGUGUUUCCUCUGCCCUACUUGGGUGACACAGAUCACCUGAAAGGACUUCCGGUCACUGCCACGGACUCUCUCUUAGGUUCUACGGAAAAAGCUCGUGCAUUUCUGCCACCAACAUCUGCCCCUUACUCCUUCCUCGACCCGAGUCAGUUUAGCACCAGCGCCAUCCAGAAGAUGACAGAGAUGCCCCACACGUUGGCCACCAGCACUUUACCCUACGCAUCAUCUCUGGGAUACCAGAACGGCGCAUUCGGGACCCUGGGUUGUCCCAGCCAGCACACCCACACCCACCCUUCGCCUACAAACCCUGGGUAUGUGGUGCCCUGUAACUGCACCGCUUGGUCGGCAUCGAGUUUACAACCGCCUGUUGCCUACAUACUGUUCCCAGGUAUGACCAAGAGUGGGAUUGACCCAUACUCAACAGCACAUGCCACUGCUAUGUGACUCCACAACUAAAACAUUCUACUCUUUGAAAACUUGAAAA